CCGGAGCCCUCUCGCCCCACCCCGGAUCUUCCCGCCCGCUCCCUCCCGGAACCCUCUGCCAACCCCAGGGCCCCGGCCCACGCGGGACUCCUCUGCCGCCCCUCCCCCGAGUCCCCCGCCCCCCCCACCCCGGGGUCCCCGGUUCCCCUGCCAGCCACGCGAGCCCCAGCCAUGGCGGCCGUGCGCGGGGCGCCCCUGCUCGGCUGCCUCCUGGCGCUGCUGGCGCUGUGCCCCGGGGGGUGCCCGCAGACGGUGCUGACCGACGACGAGAUCGAGGAGUUCCUCGAGGGUUUCCUGUCGGAGCUGGAGCCGGAGACCCGGGAGGACGACCUGGAGGUGCCGCCGCCCCCCGAGCCCACCCUGCGCGCCCGCAAAGCCCAGACGGGAGACAAGCGGGGUGCGCGCCUGGGGGUAGCCAAAGAAGCACCUCUGGACAAGACCAAAGACAAAGGGAAGAAAGGGAAGAAGGACAAAGGCCCCAAGGCCACCAAGCAGCCCCUGGAAGGGUCCCUCAGGCCACCCAAGAAACCCAAGGAGAAGCCACCUAAGACCACCAAGAAACCCAAGGAGAAGCCACCUAAGGCCACCAAGAAACCCAAGGAGAAGCCACCUAAGGCCACCAAGAAGCCCAAGGAGAAGCCACCCAAAGCCACCAAGAGGCCCUCGACUGGGAAGAGGCCCCCCACCCCCACCCCCUCAGAAACCCUGUGGUGGCCAUGGCCCCUAUCCCCCAGCCCCGGCCCUGAGGAGCUGCCCCAGGAGGGAGGUGGGGCCCUCCCAGGUCCUUGGCUGGAUCCAGGAGAAAAAACUGACUUGGAGCGCCAGUCUGAGCCGGAGGAGGAGACCGAGCCGCCCACCCUGGACUACAACGACCAGAUAGAGAGGGAGGACUACGAGGACUUUGAGUACAUCAGACGCCAGAAGCGGCCCCGGCCACCCCCCACCAGGAGGAGGCCCGAGCGGCCCUGGCCGGAACGCCCGGAAGAGAAAGCCAAGCCGUCCGGGCCCGUACUGGAGGCCCCGGAGGAGAGGAUCGAGCCACCUCCGAAGCCGCUGCCGCCACCCCUGCCCCCUGACUACGGGGAUGGCUAUGUGAUCCCUCACUAUGACGACAUGGACUACUACUUCGGGCCUCCCAGACCCGGGAAGCCCCACGCUGAGCUGGAGACAGACGAGGAAAAGGAGGAGCUGAAGAAACCCAAAAAGGAGGGCAGCCCCAAGGAGGACGAGAAGGAUGACAAGUGGAGCGUGGAGAAGGGCAAGGACCACAAAGGGCCCCGGAAGGGUGAGGAGCUGGAGGAGGAGUGGGCUCCGACCGAGAAAGUCAAGUGUCCCCCCAUUGGGAUGGAGUCCCACCGCAUUGAGGACAACCAGAUCCGGGCCUCGUCCAUGCUGCGCCACGGCCUGGGUGCUCAGCGAGGCCGGCUCAACAUACAGGCUGGGGCCACCGAGGAUGACUACUACGACGGGGCAUGGUGCGCUGAGGACGACGCUCAGAGACAGUGGAUUGAGGUCGACACCAGAAGGAUCACCAAGUUCACGGGCGUCAUCACCCAGGGCCGUGACUCCAGCAUCCAUGACGACUUCGUGACCUCCUUCUUCGUGGGCUUCAGCAACGACAGCCAGACGUGGACUAUGUACACCAAUGGCUACGAGGAAAUGACCUUCCAUGGAAAUGUGGACAAGGACACGCCUGUGCUGAGCGAGCUCCCAGAGCCGGUGGUGGCCCGCUUCAUCCGCGUCUACCCUCUCACCUGGAACGGCAGCCUGUGCAUGCGCCUGGAGGUUCUGGGGUGUCCAGUGACUCCUGUCCACAGCUACUACGCACAGAACGAGGUGGUGGCCACCGACAACCUGGACUUCCGGCACCACAGCUACAAGGACAUGCGCCAGCUGAUGAAGGUGGUGAACGAGGAGUGCCCCACCAUUACCCGCACGUACAGCUUGGGAAAGAGCUCACGCGGGCUCAAGAUCUAUGCCAUGGAGAUCUCGGACAACCCCGGGGAUCACGAGCUUGGGGAACCUGAGUUCCGAUACACGGCUGGGAUCCACGGCAAUGAGGUGCUGGGCAGAGAGCUGCUGCUGCUUCUCAUGCAGUACCUGUGCCGCGAGUACCGCGACGGGAACCCCCGCGUGCGCAGUUUGGUGCAGGACACGCGCAUCCACCUGGUGCCCUCACUGAACCCCGACGGCUACGAGGUGGCAGCGCAGAUGGGCUCUGAGUUUGGGAACUGGGCGAUGGGGCUGUGGACUGAGGAAGGUUUUGACAUCUAUGAGGACUUCCCAGAUCUCAACUCUGUGCUCUGGGGAGCAGAGGAGAGGAAAUGGGUCCCCUACCGGGUCCCCAACAACAACCUGCCCAUUCCUGAACGCUACCUCUCUCCAGAUGCCACGGUAUCCACAGAGGUCCGAGCCAUCAUUGCCUGGAUGGAGAAGAACCCCUUCGUGCUGGGGGCCAACCUGAAUGGUGGUGAGCGUCUCGUGUCCUACCCCUACGACAUGGCCCGGACCCCUACCCAGGAGCAGCUGCUGGCUGCGGCCAUGGCAGCUGCCCGGGGAGAAGACGAGGACGAGGUAUCCGAGGCCCAGGAGACCCCGGACCAUGCCAUCUUCCGCUGGCUGGCCAUCUCCUUCGCGUCUGCCCACCUCACCAUGACGGAGCCAUACCGGGGAGGUUGCCAAGCACAGGAUUAUACCAGUGGCAUGGGCAUCGUCAAUGGGGCCAAGUGGAACCCCCGGUCUGGGACCAUCAACGACUUCAGUUACCUGCACACCAACUGCCUGGAGCUCUCCAUCUACCUGGGCUGCGACAAGUUCCCCCAUGAGAGCGAGCUGCCCCGAGAGUGGGAGAACAACAAGGAGGCUCUCCUCACCUUCAUGGAGCAGGUUCACCGGGGCAUCAAGGGGGUUGUGACGGAUGAGCAGGGCAUCCCUAUCGCUAACGCCACCAUCUCUGUGAGUGGCAUUAACCACGGCGUGAAGACAGCGAGCGGCGGCGACUACUGGCGCAUCCUGAAUCCCGGUGAGUACCGCGUCACGGCCCACGCCGAGGGCUACACCCCCAGUGCCAAGACCUGCAACGUGGACUACGACAUCGGGGCCACCCAGUGCAACUUCAUCCUGGCGCGCUCCAACUGGAAGCGCAUUCGUGAGAUCAUGGCCAUGAACGGGAACCGGCCCAUCCCGCGCAUCGACCCCUCGCGCCCCAUGACUCCCCAGCAGCGGCGGAUGCAGCGGCGCCGCCUGCAGUACCGGCUGCGCAUGCGCGAGCAGUUGCGGCUCCGGCGCCUCAACGCCACUGCGACCGCUGCCCCCGGCACCCCCGGGACGGCUGCGCCCACUACCUCCGUCACGCUGCCCCCCGCGCCUUCACUCACCCCCUCCCCCACCCCCAUCGCCAGCCUGGGGCCCUGGUCCUUUGAGCCCGAGGCCACCACGGUGGGCUGGGAGGAGUUGGAGACGGAGACCUACACGGAGGUGGUGACGGAGUUUGGGACGGAGCUGGGGCCAGAGGAGGAGGACCACGAGGAGGAACAGGAGGAGGAACACGGGGAGGAGGAGGUGGUGGUGGUCAUGGGCCCAGAUUUCGCUUUCACUACAGCCGAAACCUACACAGUGAACUUUGGGGACUUCUGAGCACAGGGAAGCCCCCUGCCUCGAGGUCAACGGGCCGGGAGGGGACGCGCAUGGGGCAACACCGAGGAGCCAGGCUGCUUUGGAUGGUCAGGGCGCUGCAGGGCCCCGUGCGCAUGGACUCCUCAGCCAUCUGCCCCGACAGCCUCACCAAUAAAGCAAGCUCACGGUAGA